GAGAGACAGAGAGGCAACAGGGCGGUUGCAGAGGGGAGGGGGGUGGGAGGGUGGAAACGUCGCCUUCCUUCAUUUUUGACAUCCCAUCUCUCUCUCCCUCUGUUAUUUUAUCGACCCAUUUGCAGUUUUUCUAAUGGGUAGAGGCCAAUUAAUUGGUGGAGGCCAAUUAAUUGGCCACUGUAACAAUCAAUAGGGGCCCGUAAAAGAAUAGAUAAAUGUAUUGGUGAAGAAGAGGGAAGGAUAGAAGGGUGGUGGUGAUGAUAAAGCAGGAAGUAGUGGGUCGCCACCCACCGCCACCUCUACGCGGAGAUGCCGUCUUCUUCCCCUCUGGAAUCAUCUCUUAUGCAGACCUUCCCUUCCUGGCUUCUCUCGCGAGUAAAUUAACCGCAGCCCGUUGCCCUUCCUCUUCAUUUCUUCUUUUUGCUCUUUCCUAGAUAGUUGCUCUUGUGUCUUCGACCCAUCACAAUUUAGAAAGGAAAGAAAAAAAGAGCGGAACAAUGUGUGUUCAUCUGUAGAGUUUAGCUUCUUUGCUUGAAGAAUUUUGAUGGGGGAUUCGCCAGUAGAUGCAGACGGAGUCCGGAGAAAAGUGAAGGUGGGCCACAAGGUUGAUGAUUUACUCGAGAACUCAUCACCCAGGAGUCCUCUCAGUCCCCAAAGGCCGCCACGCGAACAUAUGGAGUUACCAGCAGAUGGUGCACCCACUGAAAGUUGUGUUGACACAUCGAUAGAAAGACUGUACGAUAAUGUCUGCCAGAUGCAGAGUUCUGGGGAACAAAGCCCGUCAAGGCAAAGCUUUGGAUCAGAUGGUGAAGAAUCAAGGAUUGACUCAGAGCUGCAGCAUCUUGUGGGUGGUGAAGAAACGAGGGUGCUUGAUGAUGUUAACCAUGUAUCUCAAGCCAAUAAUGAUCAAGCUGAAAUGAAGAUGGAUGAAGAGAUCGUGGAGAAAGAAAGUACUGCAAAAGAUGGAGAGAAAGAAUCGACCGUUAAGGAAGAAAACGGUUCUACUAAGAAAUCAGGGAAAAAGCCAAAGCCUAAACCUUCGUGGUCUAGUUCUACGAAGAUAGAAGCAAAGGGGUUUUCAUAUAUGCAGACAAAUGCAGAAGAUUCACCAAAGCCCGUUACUUCCAAGAACCGGCUGCCACAUAGAAAACCACCUAUAAAUAAAGAAAAUGAUUCUGCUACUGAGAAUCCGGACAUAUCUCCAGAAGAAAGCAGCCCUGCCAGGGUUCAGAAGAAGCCACUCGCUAGUCCAGAUAGUAAUACAUCUAAGCCAACUUCUGAUGCUGUUAACUCUGCAAAGAAAAGGAAGCCUUCAUCAGUAACAUCAGGCAAGUCCCAAGGUGCAAGUGAAGAUCCUUCAGAAGCGGGUCUAGAUAACCCUGACUUAGGACCUUUCCUGCUUAAGAUGUCUAGGGAUUUGAUUUCAUCUGGUGACAACCCUCAAAAGGCCUUGGAACUUGCUACGAGAGCAGCAAAAUCAUUUGAGAAAUGUGCAAAUGGAAAGCCGAGUUUAGAUCUAGUUAUGAGCUUGCACGUACUAGCUGCUGUACAUUGCAAUUUGGGACAAUACGGUAAGGCCAUCCCUAUUCUUGAGCAUUCAAUUGAGAUCCCGGUACUAGAAGAAGGUGAAGAUCAUGCGCUUGCUGUUUUUUCUGGAUAUAUGCAACUGGGUGACACUUUUGCUAUGCUUGGUCAACUUGAACAGUCAAUUGAAUGCUAUACAAUGGGCUUGGAGGUUCAGAAGCAUUUUCUGGGAGAAACUGAUCCAAGAGUUGCAGAAACUUGCAGGUACUUGGCAGAAGCCCAUAUGCAGGCUCUGCAAUUUGAUGAAGCCCAAAAAGUUUGUCAGCAAUCUCUUGACAUCCAUAAAGAACGUGGAGUUUCUGCUUCUCUUGAAGAAGCUGCUGACAGAAGGCUCAUGGGUCUUAUUUGUGAUGCUAAGGGUGAUUAUGAAGCAGCCCUUGAGCAUCUGGUCUUGGCUAGUAUGGCUAUGGUGUCUAAUGGCCAGGAAAAUGAGGUAGCUUCUGUUGAUUGCAGCAUUGGGGACAUCUAUCUAUCUUUGUCUCGUUAUGAUGAAGCAGUUUUUGCAUAUCAAAAAGCCCUUACUGUCUUCAAAUCUUCAAAAGGCGAGAAUCACCCAUCAGUUGCUUCAGUGUUUGUCCGUCUUGCUAACUUGUAUAACAGGACAGGCAGACUUAGAGAAUCAAAAUCCUACUGCGAGAAUGCUCUUCGUAUCUAUAGCAAACCUACUCCCGGGAGCCAAAUGGAAGAAAUUGCUAGUGGGUUCACCGAGGUUUCUGCUAUCUAUGAAGCCAUGAAUGAGCACGAACAGGCCCUUAAGCUUCUGCAGAAAGCUUUGAAAACAUUGAACGAUAUCCCUGGACAGCAGGCCACUGUGGCUGGAAUUGAGGCACAGAUGGGGGUUAUGUACUAUAUGAUUGGAAAUUAUGGUGAAUCCUAUGCAUCGUUCAAAAAUGCUGUUGCUAAGCUUAGGGCGAGUGGGGAAAAAAGAUCUGCGUUCUUUGGGAUUGUACUUAACCAAAUGGGCCUGGCAUGUGUACAGCGUUAUGCAAUAAAUGAAGCUGCAGAUUUGUUUGAAGAAGCUAGGGGUAUUCUAGAAACAGAAUAUGGACCAUAUCACCCUGAGACACUUGGAGUGUAUAGCAAUCUUGCCGGAACCUAUGAUGCUAUGGGCAGAUUGGAAGAUGCCAUUGAGAUAUUGGAAUUUGUUCUAGGAAUUAGGGAAGAGAAGCUGGGAACAGCAAACCCAGAUGUAGAUGAUGAGAAGCGAAGGCUCGCUGAGCUAUUAAAGGAAGCUGGUAGAACGCGGAACAGGAAAGCAAAAUCACUGGAAACCCUACUAGAGUCGAAGAUUACAAGGAGAGAGACUCUUAAUCACAUUUCAGAUUCAGCUGUAAUCAGUUCAUGAGGGUGGUGAUGAUGACCAAAUUCUUGAUGGUGGAGGAUGCUGAUAAUAAGUGUACAUGGUUAAUGACUUUGGGCGGUGGACCUACUUUCCUUCCUGGCAAGGACAAAGAGAAAUCAAGGGAGUUUUGUAUUUCUUACUGUCUGCAUUUAUUUAUUGAUGUUGUUCAAUCUGUUGGCCUAAUGAUUGUGACUCCCUGUAUUUGCUCUGUUUAUAGCUUGAAAUCUUCUGCAGUUUCUUGAA